GCUAAUUCGACAAAUCCCUUCGCCAGCUCAGUCGUAAAAGGAGCCACCAACCAUGACCCCGGAGGACCUUCCUCCCUGGACGGACUUCUUCAACGAAGAGGAGCUUCAAGCCGCACUCAAGAUAUUUCGGCUUUACGCUGAGAGAGAAGACCUGCUCAAGCAUGCCCAGCAGAACCCUGAAAUCGCGACUCUUUUCGCGCUUGCGCAAAAGACGGUGCUGCCCUCGGAAGCAGAUCUGAAAGAGAGGAAGAAACGACGGAAGCAGACAAAAAAGAACAAUGACCAGGAACUGCUGGCGGUUGCUGGUAUCCGCCAAAUGCGAAAAGUCAAAAUGGUGGGCUACACGGGCGGGUCUGUCGACUUGCCGUUCCCGCCGAGGAUCGGAACACCGGAAGCGAACGAGAGAUUCGCUAUUGAGGAUGAGCAACGGUCGAUACAGGCGGCGCAGAGCUCGACCGGUGCGUCGACCGCUACUUCUGUCACUGGAGAGGACGACGGGGAAGCCGGCGCCGUGCCGCCAGCACCGCCGAUGAAAAAGCUCACCUAUAACCGUUCAUGCCACGUCUGCGGCGUGCAUUUCCGCGACCUGCACCACUUCUACGACCAGCUGUGCCCCGUCUGCGCCGAACUGAACUACACGAAGCGCUUCUCGGAGGCGGAUAUGCGCGGCCGGGUAUGUAUCGUCACCGGCGCUCGGGUCAAGAUCGGCUACUGUAUCGCGUUGAAGCUGCUCCGCAUGGGCGCGACCGUGAUCGUCACGACCAGGUUCCCUCACGACGCGGCCAACCGGUUCGCGCGGGAGCCCGACCACGAGGCAUUUGCGGGUCGGAUUUCCAUCUACGGCCUGGAUUUCAGAGACAUUGCGAUGUUGCACCACUUCUGCCGGCAUGUGCAGCAGGAGUUCAAGAGGUUGGAUGUCAUCAUCAACAAUGCCGCGCAGACAGUGCGUAAACCGCCGGCGUAUUACGAGCAUCUCAUCACGGGUGAGGCGGAGGAUAUCACCCCGGAAGUCCGCAAGAUCGUCGAUGUCGUGGACGUGUACAGAUCCCGCAACGGCGGCUACGUGUUCCGCCACGGAGGUUCAAACAGCAUCACCGCCGGCGGUAACGAGACGACGUCCCGGUUGCAAUCCUCAUCAACCGACACCGAACUCACGGAAAUGGACGUCGUCCCCCCCAAUUCCGAGGAAACGACUGGCCUCGCCCUCCCCGCCGCCCAAGCAACCGCCCACCUCCAAGACGUCAACGCCUCCGCCGCCCUCUCCCAAGUCGCCCUCCUCCCCACCGACGCAUCCACCCUUGCCUCAAAAACCCACCACUUUCCCCCCGGUCUUUACGACCGCGACGACCAGCAACUGGACCUUCGCCGCGAGAACUCGUGGACUCAGGAGAUUGGGCAGAUUUCCACGAUCGAGAUGAUGGAGUGCCAUGUGAUCAACACGUUUGCGCCGUGGGUGCUGAUUUCGGAAUUGAAAGGGUUGAUGGAGCGGACGGGACCCGUGGAUGGGGCCGUGGGAGAGUGGGAUAAGUUUGUGGUUAAUGUGAGCGCGAUGGAGGGGCAGUUCUAUCGGAAUAAGACCAUUUUCCACCCCCACACCAACAUGGCCAAAGCCGCCCUUAACAUGAUGACCCGCACGUCCUCGUCCGGCCUCGCCGCCGUCAACAUCUUCAUGACCGCCGUCGACACGGGCUGGAUCACCGAUGAGAACCCCGUCGACCAGUGGCACAAACGCGAGCACCAGCCGCCACCGCUGGACGAGUGGGAUGCUGCGAUGAGGGUUAUUGAUCCGGUUCUGAUGGGUGUAAGGGGCGAGGAGAGGCUUUGGGGGUGCUUUUUGAAGAAUUAUAGGAGUACGAGGUGGUAGAGUUUACUUUCGCUAGCCGUCUAUAUAGUGAACCUUAAGUUUGUGUUUAGAGAUAGGAUUUAUAGGAUCAUGCUUCCUACGGUAAGGCGAAUAAAAGCUUAGCAUUGUGAGACAAUCCUAUAAAUGUGCAAAUAAACGUUUGGGACAUCG